CCUGCCCAUCCAUCCAUGUGUUUGUGUUUGUGUUUGUAUUGUCCCGCUCGCUCUGAGAGCCUUCGGAACCGCCACCAAACGCCGCGCCAAGGCCCGCGCUGCGCUCCCUUUAUGCUGCACCCCUCGCCCUAAAAUCAGCCAUGCCCCGCAGGAAGGCGGCGGGGCCGCCCUGGGACGCGGCGGGCGCGGGCGCUGCGGGCGGCGGGCGGCGGCGGCCGGGCCCUCAGGGCGGGCGGCGGCGGCCGCGGCCGGGCGGCGGCAGCAGCGGCGGCAGCAGCGAGGAGGAGGCGCCCCGGGAGCGGCGGCCGCGGGACGGCAGCCCCGGGGCCCGCAGGCCCGGCAGGCCCGGCGGGGCGGCGGCGGCGGCGCCCGGAGGCCCCGGGGCCCGCGGGCCCGGCAGGCCCGGCGGGGCGGCGGCGGCGGCGCCCGGAGGCCCCGGGGCCCGCGGGCAGGGCGUGGUGAUCUGCGAGCCCGAGCACAGCAAGGAGCGCAUCAAGCUCGAGGGCUCCAAGAGCCGGGGGCAGCUCCUGAUCUUCGGUGCCACCAACUGGGACCUGAUCGGCCGCAAGGAGGUGCCCAAGCAGCAGGCGGCGUUCCGGAACCUGGGGCAGAACCUGUGGGGCCCGCACCGCUACGGCAGCCUGGGCGCGCUGCGCGUGCGCUCGGUGGUGUCGGGGCCCUGCGCCGCGCACAGCCUGCUGAUCACGGCCGAGGGGCGCCUCUGGAGCUGGGGCCGGAACGAGAAGGGGCAGCUGGGCCAUGGUGACACGAAGCGCGUGGAGGCGCCGCGGCCGAUCGAGGCGCUGGGCGGGGAGAGCAUCGUGGCGGCCGCGUGCGGGAGGAACCACACGCUGGCACUGACCGAGAGCGGCUCCGUGUUCGCCUUCGGGGAGAACAAGCUGGGCCAGCUGGGGCUGGGGAACCAGACGGACGCCGUGCCCAGCCCCACGCAGAUCCUGUACAACGGGCAGCCCAUCUGCAAGCUGGGCUGCGGCGCCGAGUUCAGCAUGGUGAUGGACUGCAAGGGGAACCUGUACAGCUUCGGGUGCCCCGAGUACGGGCAGCUGGCUGGUGCUGGACUCGCAGAAGCGCGUCUUCUCCUGGGGCUUCGGCGGCUACGGGCGCCUGGGCCACGCCGAGCAGAAGGACGAGAUGGUGCCGCGCCUGGUGAAGCUCUUCGACUUCCCGGGGCGCGGCGCGGCGCAGAUCUACGCCGGGUACACCUGCUCCUUCGCCGUCAGCGAGACAGGCGGGCUGUUCUUCUGGGGCGCCACCAACACCUCGCGGGAGUCCACCAUGUACCCCAAGGCCGUGCAGGACCUGUGCGGGUGGCGCAUCCGCAGCCUGGCCUGCGGGAAGAGCUCCGUCAUCGUGGCGGCCGACGAGAGCACCAUCAGCUGGGGGCCCUCGCCCACCUUCGGGGAGCUGGGAUACGGGGACCACAAACCCAAAUCGUCCACGGCGGCGCAGGAGGUGAAGACCCUGGACGGGAUCUACACCGAGCAGGUGGCCAUGGGCUAUUCCCACUCCCUGGUGAUCGCCCGGGACGAGUCGGAGGCGGAGCAGGAGCGGCUGCGGAAGCUCCCGGAGUACAACCCCCGCACCCUCUGAGGGGCCCCGAUCCCGAUCCCGAUCCCGAUCCCGAUCCCGCUUCUCCAGCCCGGCUGCCGCUCUCCCUCCCCGUUCCCGCCUUCCCGGCCCCCGGGGGGGUCAUUCCCGCCCCCGUUCCCGGCUUUUGGCGUUCCCAACCGCAGCCGGCCACUCCGGCCUGUCCCGCCCCGGCUUUUGGAGGGUCUGCCCUUGAAUUGUUUUUAUUUUAUUUGUAUUUUUCCGCAGCUUUUUUUUACUGUUUCCCAUUUUUCCAGCCCCAAAUCCCUGCGGCUGCCGGCUCAGGGUCACUUUGGGGAUCAGAUCCCGGCUUGGGAUCCCUUUAGGGAUUUGGGAUCCUUAAAGAGCAGCUGCCAAUGCCUGGUUUUUCCCUUACAUUCCCAUUUUUUCCCCCCAACAUUCCCAUUUUUUGCUGGUUUUUCCCUACCUUGGGUGCUACAAUUUUUGGGAUUUCCCCCCUCCCACCCCUCCAGCAUCCGCAGGGAUCCCAGAUCCCAUCCCAGCAGCAUUCCCGGAUCCCAUCCCAGCAGGGAUCCCGGAUCCCAUCCCAGCAGCAUUCCCGGAUCCCAUCCCAGCAGGGAUCCCGGAUCCCAUCCCAGCAGCAUUCCCGGAUCCCAUCCCAGCAGCAUUCCCGGGCUCCCCUCCCCGCCCUCGCCCACCCCGGGGACAUCUCAGGGAUCACGAGGGGAGGCCCAAAGGAAUUUUUUUCCCGGGAAUUCGGGGUUUUCCCCUCUGGCGGAUGGUCUGGCCCGGGCUCGGCCGGAAUUCCCGUGUUCCCUCCUCCCGUCCCUCCGUGCCAGGUCACUGUGCUGGAAUCUCGAGGUGCCUUCAGGAGCAGAGCCCGCCUCUGCCCCGCGCCACUCCCGCUCCCUUCGGGCCGUUUUUAGGGAUUCUCCUGGAUUUUUCCAUGGAUUUUUGCUCCUCCCCAUCUCCCCUGAGGCGGCGCUCGGGGAGUUUGCAGUACAAUAAAAAUGGGUUUUGGUCA